AUGGCGCGGGUAUACGCAGAUGUCAACCAGCAUAUGCCGAAGUCCUAUUGGGAGUAUGACAGCGUCAACAUCACAUGGGGCGUGUUGGAAAACUACGAAGUAGUGAGGAAGAUAGGUCGGGGAAAAUACUCAGAAGUUUUCGAAGGCAUCAACAUUGUCAACUACCAGAAAUGCGUCAUCAAGGUUCUCAAGCCGGUCAAGAAGAAGAAGAUAAAGCGAGAGAUCAAAAUCCUGCAGAACUUGUCAGGCGGGCCGAAUGUCGUUGCGUUGCUGGAUGUCGUGAGAGAUAGCCAGAGCAAGACCCCGUCCCUCAUAUUUGAAUACGUCAACAAUACGGACUUUCGAAGCCUCUACCCAAAAUUUGUGGAUUACGAUGUGCGAUACUACAUAUUUGAGCUGCUCAAGGCUCUCGACUUCUGUCACAGCAAAGGCAUAAUGCACCGAGAUGUAAAGCCUCACAACGUCAUGAUAGAUCAUGAAAAACGAAAGCUACGUCUCAUCGACUGGGGACUGGCAGAGUUCUACCACCAAGGUACCGAGUACAACGUCAGAGUAGCGUCAAGAUACUUCAAAGGGCCGGAACUACUGGUCGACUUCCAAGAAUACGACUACUCCUUGGACAUGUGGUCAUUAGGAGCUAUGUUCGCCUCCAUGAUUUUUAGGAAAGAGCCUUUCUUCCACGGCAAUAGCAACUCAGAUCAGCUGGUCAAGAUUGCAAAGGUGCUGGGAACAGACGACUUGUUUGAAUAUUUAGACAAGUAUGAUAUCGAUUUGGAUACCCAAUACGAUGAUAUACUCGGGAGAUUCCCAAAGAAGAAUUGGCACGGUUUCGUCAAUGCGGAAAAUCAAAGAUUCGUGAGCAACGAUGCCAUAGAUUUUCUGGACAAGCUACUGCGGUACGAUCAUCAGGACCGAUUGACCGCUAAGGAAGCGAUGGCCCAUCCGUACUUCAGUCCAGUCAGGGCCGCAGCAUCGUCGCAGAACCAUGGAUCCUCCAUCCCAUAA